AUGAGACAUUUCAGCCCUAGUCCAAAUUCACCUGUUCUAGCAGCCAGCCACCUUGAGGUCUGUGACCUGUGGGCACUGCCCUCUACUGGAAGCAAAAGCUCUCCUAAGAGCCAGGAGCUUGUGUACACUGACCUACACAUCCCUGAACACUCCAUCACAACUUACCUACAUACCUUCCCUCACACCUUCCCCCUCGAUGCACACUCACCACACACCCACAUACUUUUCCUCUCCCCUCCCCCAUGCAUUCUCCCCACACACCUUCCGUCACACCUCCCUCACUCUAUGCACACUCACCAUACCCACACUUUCCCUCACACACCCCCUCGAUGCACACUCACCACACACCCACACACCUUCCCUCACACUCCCCCUCGAUACACACUCACACCCCCCAUGCACACUCACCACAUACCCACACACCUUCCCUCACACUCCCCCUCGAUGCACACUCACCACACACCUACACACCUCGAUGCACACUCACCACACACUCACACACCUUCCUUCACACCUCCCCCCAUGCACACCCACCACACACCCAUAUCCCCCGCCCUGACCGGUCAGCCCAGCCACGCCCGCUUAAACUCAACACCGCCCCCUCUUCGGCCUAUCCUCCCUCCCCCCACUGCCCCACCGGCUACUCUUAGGACAAGGAAGGGCGAUAGACAAGGCCGCUUCAGUCCGGGGAACUGUCCAGGAAAAGUCCCGCGGGAAAGCGCUCUCGAUGGAUGUCCCUCUCCGCCUGCUCGCUCUCUGGAGCCUCCGGCGCAGAGGCGAUCUCCUGAGGCAACCAAACCCGGAGAUAGGGGAGGUACCUGGGAGUGA